AUGUUCUCUCCAUCCUCUUUGUCAAUGUCAUGCAGAAAGUUGACUAGUGCUGCUAUCAGACACACUAGAAAGACUAGAGCAAUCCAAAAGGAAGCAGAAGAAAGAAGAAGAGCAAAUAGACCAGCUCCUCCACAAUCUAAAUAUAUGAAGGAAAUCUUUGAAACUUUGGUUAUUGAAAUUGUGGUUUACAAGUGGAUCAACUAG